UCUAUAAUUUCACUGUAGAGCUACUUCCAACAUGGCAACAUCUACCAUCUAAAAUAUAUGCGCAUCAUCACUGCUUAUAUUUCGGUGCAUAAUGUUACAGCCCAUCAGAACUUGCGGACACUGGUGGAUGCUAGCCCAAACUAAAAUUCUAGGCUUCCGACAAGAAAACACACAAGUGGUAGAUGUAACGUUUAGGUUCUGCUGACAUAGCCCUUCUCCUCUUGCUAUUCUUCUCCCUCUCGCUUGUGGUUCUCCUUCCCGUUCGCUCUCCUCUACCAUGCACAACAGCAACUGGGCCGUCUUGUUUUGCACCUCCCGUUUCUGGUUUAAUUACAGACAUAUGGCCAAUACUCUGUCCUUGUAUAGGACAGUGAAACGACUUGGAAUCCCUGAUGAGUGGAUAAUACUUAUGUUGGCUGAUGACAUGGCCUGCAAUGCGAGGAACAAAUACCCUGCUCAAGUUUUCAACAAUGCAAACCACCAACUUAAUUUAUAUGGAGAUAAUGUUGAAGUUGAUUAUCGAGGUCAUGAAGUGACUGUUGAAAAUUUUCUGCGAAUAUUGAGAAGACAUGAGAGCAUUGUCCCGAGAUCAAAGCGUCUUUUAAGUGAUGAAGGAAUCCACAUUCUUUUGUACAUGACUGGGCAUGGAGGAGACGAAUUUUUGAAAUUUCAAGAUUCAGAAGAACUUUGGAGCCAUGAUUUGGCUGAUGCAGUGAAGCAAAUGAAAGAGAAGCAUAGCUUCAAUCUCCUGGUGUUUUGGCAAUUGGAAGUAGCAAAAAAGGGGAAAAAUCCAACUCUCGCCAUCUUGACUCAGACAUUGGUGUAUCUGUUGUUGUGGAUAGAUUCACUUUCUAUGCGCUCACCUUUUUUGAGAAGUUGCGCAUGUACAGCAAUGCCUCAUUGAACAGCCUUUGAAGAGAGAAUGCUACCACGGGACUAAAAUCAAUGAUGUCAAGGCAGAUUACAUAAACCCAUCUUUGGGGGCUUGGCUCAAGAAGUUCCUGCCAUUUUUCUACCGACCGAGUCCAUUAUGGUUUGGUUGUCUAUAUUUGAUGACUCUACAUAAGCUUGUUUUAGCACUGAUACUUAAUCUUGAAGCCUUGAUGCAACCAGUUGGCAUUUGGCUUUAUCAUUCACUACCUUGUGAGUGACAUUUAUGUGAGAUACUGAGAAUAUCUAAUCAUCUUAUGAUCUGUUUUCUUAGCUGUUCAUGCUUCAUGGACCAAAUACUGUGCAGAAAUUCGCAUGUAGUUAGAAUGUGAAAUUGUGAAUUCCCUGCUUUAGCUUGUGACAUCAGACCUUUUAUGCUUUUAAAUAGAUAAAUACACCGUGCACAUAGAAUGUGAAAUAGAAAUUCAGCAUGAAGAGAGCCCUUCUAGGAAUAUGUGGUAUUAGUGUGAAGGAACAAAACAACAGAAGAGAGCAAAGAAUAGAAGUAGAGGAAGAAGAAUAGGAAGAGAAGAAAGGAGAAAGUAGGAAGGGCACACAUAAUGGUGCAGAAAGAGAUAGAGGGAAAUGGUGUGCAGGGGAGAUUGGGAUUACACAAUCCUCAAAAGCAUCGGGGUUGUCAGAAAUCACCUUUUAGAAGGAAUUUGGUGCCAUAUUCCAUCACGCUCAGGCUGUUGCUGCUUUUCUGGAUCCAUUUUUACAAUUUUAACGAGCACAUCAGAUAUUUUCACAUAGAUUCUUAAUUACUUAAAAAUUAUUGAAUUAUAUUGUAAUAAAAAAAUCAUUAUAUUAGUUCAAAAAAUACUCUACAUUAUCUAUACAUAAUACAUUUUUAAUAAUUUUAUAAUUUUUAAAAUAUUUAAAAUUAAUUUUAUUUAAUAUUCUAAUAUUUAAUUAUAAAAUAUCUAGAAUGUUAAUUUAGUUCAGAUUAGUAUAGCAUCUUACUAGGGGUGCUAGAUAUAUUUUUCAGCCCAUGGGUAUAUGGACUAAUCACCACCUAUUUUUGUUUUUUAUUUUUAUUUUUUAAUUUGGGCUUAGGUUCGUAUAGUCCAAAUUUAAAUAAAUUGCUACCAAAUUGAUGUAGCAAGUAGCAUGCAUAUCCCCAAACAUGCUACCAAUUUUACAGAACUUUUUUUGAAUGUUAUUUAUCGAAUUUAAUCCGAAUACAUUUUUAAUCUAAAAACUUAUACUAUUAAUGAAAAAUCAUGAUUUUUCGGCAUCGCAGAUUAUCCUUAGAUCUACAACAUAUCAUGAUAUCAUUUCAAAAGAUAAAUCUGAUAUAAUCUCAUUACAAAAAAAGAGGAAGGAGGAGAUGAAGGAAAGAGGAAUCAUACCUCUAUUUUGGCUUGAAUGUGGCAAGAAUGGAUGUUUUUCUUUCCUUCUUGUUUUUUCUUUUUCUCAAAAGAAAAAAAGUUGAAGAAGAGGCAAAGAAGGCGCAUGAUGCCUUCUCUGCCUUCCCUUUAAUUACUUGGGUGAGACAAGUGGCCAAACCACUCGAACCACCUUCAUGCUUGAGAUGGUUCUGGCCACUUCGUGGCCUAGACUGAACGGAAUGCCUGUCUUGUUCUGGUUCCAACCCAAAAUAGGUUGGUAUGCCCGAAAUCGAGCGACUGAGGGGGAGAUGGCGAACUUUAACCUCAUGGACACAAUAGGAGGGUUUACUUGCACCAGCUACUAAGUGCCAAUUACCUCAAUAACCAGCUAGAAAGCUGGCUUGUAAUCUUAAGUUUAUCAUGUUUUAGUUUCAUGCAUGAAUUCACUGACACAUAAAUUGGUAUUUGAUGUUCAGCAACAUUUUAGUUAAGAGUAUUAUCAGAAGGAUGGUGAGGCAGAACUAGGAGUGGCAAAAUAUGACCUGACCCGCCAACCCGACCCGUAUUCGACCUGCUUUAAACAUGUUUGGAUUUGGCUUAAACGGGUUCGGGUCGUAAACUGAUCGACCCAUUUAACGUAUUUAAUAAAUGGGUCGGAUCCAGAUUUUAGGUGUCUGACCUAUUUAACCCGUUGAACCCGUUUAAGUUAUGGGUCGGGUCGGAUCAAAUUAUAUAACUUGGGCUAAUAAAUUUGGAUCAAAGAGGACGGCUUGUUUAAAACAUUCGCAAUUCAUGGGUGGAAAGAAUCCAUUGCGUAUUUGGUUCAUUUCUUAUUUUCCUCUAACCCUAGCUGGCGAUCAGGGACUACAGGCGGCGCUCGCAUUUCCUCUUCCUCUUCCACUUGCUCUCUUGCUCUUCCUCCUGCUCUUGAUCGACCAGGCAGCGGCGCCGGCGAGGUCCCCCAUCAUCUUCCCCACUGUCGAGGAACCCCCACCACUGUUUCGAUCCACGCGGACCAUGCCCCACCCGCUCCAUCUUUUUCUCUUCUCCUCCUAAAAAGCCUUAGUGCUCUCGCCCCUUCCAUGAUCCGUCACCGCCCCACCCACUCCCUCCGUCGCCUCACCCACUCCCUCCGCCUCAUUCAGAUCCGUUCAUGGUGCCACUCCCGCAGAGCAAACCCCUCCUCCCGCAUGUGCUCUGGCUCUGAAAGGACGGGCCUGUCGGAGAUGAAGAUCUCUCCAUUCUCCUCACCCAUCGGACGGGCUCGGGCUGCAGGGGGAUCGGCCGUGGAUGACGCAGGCUGGUGGCGGUGGCGUGCCUCUCCCUGGCUGCGAAGGUGGAGGAGACGUAUGUCCCUCUCCUCGACCUCCAGGUUGCCGUGGCGGAGGUGGAGGUGGAGCCGUGGAGGUCGAGUACGUGUUCGAGAUCUAGGAUUUUUGUUUUUCUCCCUUUUCCUCUUUCAGUGGCUGGUGUCUUCUUCCCUAACGGCCGUCGUCGAGGGGGCUUGUGCGGUUGUGCCGCUUGGUGCUUUGGCCGCUAGAGAUCUAAGAUUUUUCUCUCUUUUCCUCUUUCGACGGCCGGUGCCCUUUCUUCCCCGACUGCCGUUGCUAAGGGGGAUUGGCCGCUUGAGAUCUUGGAUUUUUUCCUCCUUUUGAGUUUUGAUUUCUGUUUUUUAUGCUGAAUAUCAAAAUGCGCAGAGAUUUGUUUUAAGAUUUGUGUAGGGAUGCUAUGAUAAUUUUAGAAUAUCUUUGUGCUCAUUCAACUGUUUCUAACAGCAAUAAUUUUGGAUGCCCUUCUUCUACAGGCAACUAAUUGUUGUUGUUUUGAUUUAAUUAUAGAUGAAAUACUGAAUUUGAGCCUCCUCUUUCUCUUCCCUUCUUUGAUGUUCUAACUGUUAAACGGGUUGGGUCGGGUCGGUUAAACAGGUUGUUCAUCUAAUAAAUAGAUUAAAUGAUAAAUAGGUUAAAUGGGUUCGGUCGGAUCGGUUAAACAGGUUAACUGUUUAAUAAAUAGAUUAAAUGAGUCGGGUCGGGUAACUUGUUUAUUAAAUGAGUCAGGUGCAGAUUUGAAAAUCUAACCUGUUUAAUAAACAGGUCGGGUUCAAGUUUGAUGUUUUCUGACCCGACACGCAUCUGACCCGACCCGAUUGCCACCCCUAGGCAGAACCUGAUGUUUUGCCCAAUUUUUUGCGCUUUUUUUUCUUUUGGGCCCGGGGGGGGGGGGUUAGUACAGAUAUAUAGCUAUUCUUUUACAGAGAUUUGAAAUUUCUCAAACAACAUGCUUAUCUCUAUUAAAUUUCAUCAAACUGGAAUUUACUCUCUUCCACUGUUUCUUCCCUUUAAAUUUGUCAAUCAAGAAAUGUAGCACCUAACCAAUCAUGUAGUAUUUUUUUAUGCUUAGUCUUGCUAAUCAACCCCACCUAAAAAUUCUUUUACUUAUUUGAACUCAGCAUCAUCUAUUAUCAAAUUUCGCAUUUCUGUGCUGAUCAAAGAACAUCUUAAUAUCUGCAGUCUUUGUAAUUUAUAUAAUCCAAGUCUGCUGAUGUCAACUGCAUGAGGUAUCGUUCAGGGUUUCACUACAUAUAUUUUAGUUCGUCAGGGUAAUAUGUUUCAUUGGAUGCUGAUAUGACUAUGAACAGGUGCCUCUAACAAAUUUAUUUGGGUCGGUCAUGGAAACAAUUCACACAGACUCAGCAUACACUGGCAUCUAAGCUGAACCUAAAAUUAAACCGUAUGUCUUGGAAGAUAACGAGGCUGACCAGAUAAUGUUUGAAAGUGAAGCUCAGCAGAACAAAAUAUAUCAUCAGGACAAGAAUGUGAAUUUCUAAAUGUUUUAUUGGAUGAGAAGAUCUUAAAGAAGCUAAGGGUUUGACAUGUAUGUGCAGGAAGGGAGCUGUAGUUUCCAUAUGUGGUUGAAACAUUUGCAAGAAAGACUGGAAGUUGAGAAUGUGGACACUUUAGUGAAAUAUGGCUUUGGAGCCAUGAUUCUAUCACUUGCGGUUUCCACUUGGCUAUUGACAUAGGCAUUCCAAAUCACAUGCAUGGGUCAUCAUCUUUUGUGCCAUAGCUCUACAUGAUGAUGAUAUUCGGGAUUUGACAUCCGGUCCAUUGCAUGAUAUUUCAGAGAACUCGAUCGAUAAAAGUGAUCACCCUGGAGAAGGAGAAGAGCAUCAACAUGUAGCUUGACAAUCAAUUCACAUCAAUUUGAAUAAAAUAUUUAUGGACUGGAAAUUAGCUGACUCAGGUCUUGAAGACAACCUACAUUUGAGCUCUCUACAUGCAUGACAGACAGUAAAGAGCCUAUUCUCUCAGAUAGGAUGAAGUUGAUUUAUCCAUAAAACUUUGGAUAUGGUUGUCACCACCAACAGAGUUGCAUCGGCGGCUGACCGUUUCGUGGAAGAAUAGGAGAAAGGCCUCCCUUGCAUGAUUAAGAUGAUAGGAUCGAUUGCACCUGACAAGACUAAAAUUUUUUUAAAAUAGAGAAGAAGAAAGAAAAGGAGUAAAGAAUCAUCUCUUGUACGAUGCCUAUCUUCCCGGGGCCGCAUGUUGUCAGAUGGUAUGACAUCUGCUCCGACGUGGAGCGAAUACCAGUAGCUAUCGCGGGCCGUCAGUAGGCAGUGAUUGCCGUCAUGUUCCAUCAAAAUGUGUGGGAUGGGACUCUGAUAUCAACCCCUGUUGUUAACUUCAGCUUCGGAAUCAUUCUCAUCCACAUAGGAUUGAUCUUUAGAGGAGAGUUAACGGAAGAGUUUCGCAAUCCAGAACCUAUGAUUACCUCCUGAUCUCUAGUGCUUUGGAUAGGUGGAGCAAACUAAUAAAGGCACGAAGGCAGGCUCGCUCCUUUUCUUCCAUAAGGUAUCUCGUGCAUGCUGCAUUUUCUUCUUUGAGGAUUCUCAUGACUUCCACCUUGGAAGUCACUGACUACCAAACUUAUCUGCGCGUUACCUCAUUCCUUGAUCAGAAGCCACAUAUGUCUGUCUCAUUCCGUUCUGGAUUGUUACUGCCUGUAUUUGUCCAAAUUGUUGAAUGGAGGACCCAUCUGUUGGGGACCAAAGACAGCCAUAUGAUGGUGAACCAUUCAUCUUCAUCCUAACAAAUCGUAGGUUCCUUGCUAGAAAUAUAAAUUACGUGGUUUUUCUUUAGACGACCACAUGGCUAUGGCCCAUGGGUUGACGUGGAUGUUCGUUAUGGAAUCUAACUUGGAGAAAAACGGAAUUCAGGUUUAAUCGUGGGGCCUGACCAUUUUUGGAAAUGUGAGAUCCAUGGCUUGGACGCAUGUGAUGUCUACAAUCUGGCAGAUAAAUCGACCCGUGACUUGGAUGCAUGAGAUGUCGACAAUCUGGCAGAUAAAUCUCUUAAUCCAUUGCAGAACUAUUACAUAGAUGGGUUUGGGCUCAGUAUCUUGCUCUGUUUCCUGAUCGGUCUUGUUUUGUAUAUGAUUGAUUAGUCUACUGUUAAUGGAUGAUAAGAACUAUCAUGGGUCAUUGCUUAAUUUCAAGCAUACAAAUAUGGUUAACGAUUAGCAUCAACUAAGCAAUGCCAUACUUGGA